AAAAAAGUUUUGAAUUGCCACCAAUUUGAUUAUAAUCAACAAUUGAUCAAUUCAUCAAUUAUCUAAUUCAUAUCCAUAGUAAGUAUCAAACAAGAAGAUACCAAUUAAAUAGAUCUUGUGAAGACAGACGAAUUGCAUAAGUAUAUCAAUCCCCCCCCCCAAUUAAUCAUCUCAUUCUUUCAUUCCAUUCAUCUCCUUCAAUCGCAUAUCUAGAUACUCCCAUAUAACUACAUAAUAAUAAAAUGUCAAGAAGAUACGAUUCCAGAACUACUAUUUUCUCUCCUGAAGGAAGAUUAUAUCAAGUUGAAUAUGCUCAAGAAGCCAUCUCAUUAGCAGGUACUGCCAUUGGUAUAUUAUCCACUGAAGGAGUUGUAUUAGCUUGUGAAAAGAAAGUUACUUCCAAAUUAUUAGAUAAUGAUGGUAGUGCUGAAAAAUUAUAUGCUAUUAAUAAUAAUAUGAUUUGUGCUGUAGCAGGUAUGACAGCUGAUGCAUCCAUUUUAGUUAAUAAUGCUAGAGUUAAUGCUCAACAAUAUUUAAAAACUUAUAAUGAAGAAAUCCCUUGUGAAAUCUUAAUUAAACGUGUAUGUGAUAUUAAACAAGGUUAUACUCAACAUGGUGGGUUAAGACCAUUUGGGGUAAGUUUCUUAUAUGCUGGAUAUGAUGAUAGAUAUCAAUUUCAAUUAUUUAGUUCGAAUCCAUCUGGUAAUUAUAGUGGAUGGAGAGCCACCUCCAUUGGAGCUAAUAAUUCAGCUGCUCAAACUUUAUUAAAGAAAGAUUAUCGUGAUGAUUUUACUUUAAAGGAAGCUUGUGAAUUAGCUAUUAAAAUCUUAUCCAAAACUAUGGAUUCAUCUAAUUUAAAUAGUGAAAAAUUAGAAUUUGCAACUUUAAGUUUAUCAAAAGUAAAUGAAGGUAAAGUUAUACAUAAAAUAUGGUCAGAUAAAGAAAUUGAUUUAUUAAUUAAAGAUUCAGGUGUAUUAGAUGAUAAAAGGGAAGAUGAUGAUUAGUUGAAUUAGAUCUUCAUACAGAUUAUAAUAAUAAUAAAAAUAACUAUAACAGACAUUGAUGGGUUAUUAUUAACCUUGUAGAUAGGUGUGUUUCGUUCCACUUACCAGUGGAGAGACAUUCAAACCUCGUUACAUCACGUUAUCUAUACUAUUUAUCAUAGUAAAGUGUAACUCAAUGACGAUACAAUUUAAAAGUAGUAUCACCAAAUCUUAAAAUUUUGUGCGGAGGUGGGAACAAGGAGGGGCCCAUCAAAAAAAAAAGAAGGAAAGCAAACUUAAAUAUUG